AAAGGUGGAAAGGAAAAAAAUGCAUCGACGUGUGCUGCAACGGCGAGUGCGAGAGGAGGCUUUGGCCACGAUGCCACUUUGGUCCUGAUGCGCAAUUCCUAAGUGCUCUUUUUUUUGGCUUCCGUUUUUUUCUUUUUUUUUUCCCCCACACUAAAAAGGGAAAAAAAAAGUGGAUCGGGUGGACUUUCCAAGCAUGCGGCGCACUUGGCGGUUUGGGACUACUUUGGAAUACUGGACGCGGACGCUUGCGUGUCUCCUAUGGAUUCCAUACUCGUGCGGGAUGCCUCACGUCAUCCGAAUAGGCGGCAUUUUCGAGCAAACCGACGGCGCCGUCCCCCUGGUCAGCGCCGAGGAGCUGGCCUUCAAAUUCGCCGUCAACAACAUCAACCGAAACCGGACCCUGCUGCCCAACACCACGCUGACCUACGACAUUCAGAGGAUUAAUAUCUACGACAGCUUCGAGGCCUCCAGGAAAGCCUGCGACCAGCUGUCCCUGGGCGUGGUGGCCAUCUUCGGGCCGUCGCACAGCUCGUCGUCCAACGCCGUGCAGUCCAUCUGCAACGCGCUGGAGGUGCCGCACGUGCAGGUGCGCUGGAAGCAUCACCCCGCCGACAACAGGGACACCUUCUACGCCAACUUGUACCCGGACUACUCGUCGCUGAGCUACGCCAUCCUGGACCUGGUGCAGUUCCUCAAGUGGAAAACCGCCACCGUGGUCUAUGACGACAGCACAGGGCUCAUAAGACUCCAGGAGCUGAUCAUGGCGCCGUCCAGGUACAACAUCCGGCUGAAGAUCCGGCAGCUGCCCGUGGACACGCAGGACACCCGGCCCCUCCUCAAGGAGAUGAAGAGGAGCCGCGAGUUCCGCAUCAUCUUCGACUGCGGCCAUCACAUGGCCGCGCAGAUCCUCAAGCAGGCCCAGACCAUGGGGAUGAUGACCGAGUACUACCACUACAUCUUCACCACUCUGGAUCUGAUGGCCAUUGAUUUGGAGCCCUACCGCUUCUGUGGCGUCAACAUGACCGGCUUCCGCAUCCUCAACGUGGACAACCCGCUGGUCUCCUCCAUUGUGGACAAGUGGUCCACAGAAAGGCAGAAACCCCCCAAACCUGACUCGGGCCUCCUGGAGGGCAUCAUGACGACAGACGCGGCUCUGACCUACGACGCCGUCCACAUCGUGUCCGUCUCCUACCAGCACGCGCCGCAGAUGACCGUCAACUCGCUGCAGUGCCACCGCCACAAGCCCUGGCGUUUCGGCGCUCGCUUCAUGAGUUUCAUCAAAGAGUCCCAAUGGGACGGACUGACCGGGAGACUCUCGUUCAACAAGACAACCGGAUUGCGUACGGACUUUGACCUGGACAUCGUAAGCCUGAAGGAGGAGGGACUAGAAAAGGUCGGCAAGUGGAGUCCGUCCGGAGGUCUCAACAUCACAGAAGUGCCCAAGCGAAAAGGGGUGAACAUCACGGAUUCGCUGGCCAACCGCUCGCUUGUCAUCACCACCAUCCUUGAGGAGCCAUACGUCAUGCUGAAGAAGUCCGACAAGGCGCUGGUGGGGAACGACCGCUUCGAAGGCUUCUGCGUCGACUUGCUCAAGGAGCUGGCCGGCGUGCUGGGCUUCGCCUACGAGAUCCGCCUGGUCCCCGACGGCAAGUACGGCUCCCAGGACGACAAGGGCCAGUGGAACGGCAUGAUCCGGGAACUCGUCGAACACAGGGCCGACCUGGCGGUGGCUCCCCUCACCAUCACCUACAUGCGCGACAAGGCGGUGGACUUCACCAAGCCCUUCAUGAACAUGGGCAUCAGCAUCCUGUACCGCAAGCCCAACGUCACCAACAACGGCUUCUUCUCCUUCCUGAGCCCCAUGACGCCCGACAUUUGGAUCUACAUCCUGCUGGCCUACCUGGGCGUCAGCUGCGUCCUUUUUGUCAUUGCCAGGUUCAGCCCGUACGAAUGGUACGACGCCCACCCCUGCAAUCCGGGAUCAGACGUGGUGGAGAACAACUUCACGUUGCUGAACAGCUUCUGGUUCGGAGUGGGCUCCUUGAUGCAACAAGGCUCCGAGCUGAUGCCCAAGGCCCUGUCGACCAGGAUCAUCGGCGCCAUCUGGUGGUUUUUCACGCUCAUCAUCAUAUCGUCCUACACGGCCAACCUGGCGGCGAUCCUCACCGUGGAGAGGAUGGACUCGCCGGUGGACUCGGCCGACGACAUCGCCAAGCAGACCAAGAUCGAGUACGGCGUGGUCCGCGACGGCGCCACCAUGACUUUCUUCAAGGUACGCCGCGAACGGUUCCGGCCCUUUGAAUCGCGUCGAUCCGAUCGUUCCCGGCGGAAGAUCUCGUCGACCGUUCGAGGGGACGCCAAACGCGCGUGCGAUCUGAUUGUGGCCACUCGACGUGGGUGCGCCUUUUAUUCCGACCGCCGCCAGUUGAAUUUGAUUUGGUUCGAUUCGCCUUCGGGCUCGCCGUACAGGGACAAGAUCUCCGUGGCCAUCCUCAACAUCAUGGAGGACGGGCGCCUCCACUUGCUGAAGGAGAAGUGGUGGAGCGGCGGCGACGGCGGCUGCUCGGACGAUGAGCGGCGAGAGACGGGCCCCAUGGGGAUCCAGAAACUGGGCGGCGUAUUCGUGGUGCUGGCAUCCGGCCUGGCGCUGGCCGUCUUGGUGGCCGCGGCCCCCGGCCGCGGCCAAGACGGAUGCGGUGAUCGACGUGCGCGCCUACAACGACCGCCGUCUCCCCGGAAAGGACAACCUGAGCUGCGGCGCUGGGACGAGCCCCGCGUUCCCCUGAGCCUUCGCUCCCCGCAGGGCGACGGCCCCCCAGGCGACGCCUCGGGGGCGCCGCCCGACCACGGAGACGACGGCGCGGACGGGAUCCUGCGCUACGCCGUGAACAUGAACCACGGCGACGCGGGGACGCUGACCAAACACGGACAGCUCAAAAUGCCGGCGUCGGCCACGCAGGUAUGACGACUCGGGAUCCCCGCGUCCGCCAAAUUUUUACAUCGCGGACGCCAGCCCGAAGAAAGCAUCUUUUCAUCCCGUUCCCCGGACAAGGUCGCCGGGCCACGCAAAAACACAAAAGACCGGACUGAACAAAAAAAAAAAAAAAAAAAAAAAGAAGG